UUGUCAGGUGAUGGGAUGAGUGGUAUAAAUAAGUGGACAUUUGACCAAGUCUUCACUGCAGUCUUCCAUCUACAGACAGCAACAGACAUCAUGAAAUUUAUUAUUCUUUCCGCUCUCGUCGUCUGCGCUUUCGCAACAGACGCACACCUGUCAUCUGAUGGCAUCAAUUACAACUUCGGCUACAAGACCGGUGAUGCAGGCCUUCAUACCCGUUCCGAAUCAGGCACUGCUGGUGCUGUAAGUGGACAGUACAGCUACGUAGACCCCAACGGCCACCUGAGACAAGUGACCUACACCGCCGAUGCUUCAGGUUUCCACCCCUCAGGCGACAUUGGUCCAGAUAAGAAAACUCUUGCCGAUGCCGCUGCCAUCGCCGCUCUCGCACCAAAAGCACCAGAACCAUUGAAACAUCACUACUUGGGUUACCCAUUCCACCACCCAUAUGGUGCUUACUACCAUCACCCAAAUGCUUACUUCCACGGAGUUCCCAACGCUUACUCCUACGGUUACCACUUUUAAAACACUUUAAUAUGCUUUUUGGGUUUUAAUGUUAUUGGGUGAAGGGUCUUGCAUUUUCCAAAAAAAAAAUGAUGUCUGUAAAGAAACGCCUUGAUUCUGGAGUAAAAUAAAAGAUAUAUAUAUA